AUGCGCUCGUUCCUAUCUCUCACGGGCCUCUUGCCCGGCUUACUCUUCGCGGGGCUCGCCUCUGCUGCCCCUGGGACUCAAGAACUGGCCGCUCGUGCGCCGGGCAGUUGCAAUACUGCAUCGAAUCGGGCUUGUUGGACUGAUUGCUUUGACAUCUACACCGACUAUGAAGAAGAUACUCCUCCUGGAACCACGGUCCCCUACGAGUUCGAGAUCACCGAGCAAGAUAACUGGCUCGGUCCGGAUGGUGUUGUAAAGACGAAAGUAAUGCUCGUCAACGAUCAGUAUCCCGGUCCAACGAUCGUUGCGAACUGGGGUGACACCAUUAGUGUCAAGGUCACCAACAAACUCCGAACCAACGGUACCUCUAUUCAUUGGCAUGGAAUUCGUCAACUCAACAACAACAUAAAUGAUGGUGCCAAUGGUGUCACUGAAUGUCCUCUGGCCCCAGGCAAAAGCAAGACCUACACCUUCAGGGCCACGCAGUACGGAACCACUUGGUACCAUUCUCACUUCAGCGCCCAAUAUGGAAAUGGCGUUUUUGGGUCGAUCCAAAUCAACGGACCAGCUUCCCUCCCCUACGACAUCGAUCUUGGGCCGUUUCCCAUAUUCGAUGUUUACCGGAGGACUGCUGACGAGCUUGUCGAGCACACAAUGCACCCGUCCCUGCCGCCUCCGAGCGAUAACAUCUUCAUCAACGGCACAAACAUCGACCCGUUGAAUCCUAGUCAGGGCAAAUACGCAAACGUGACGUUGACACCGGGCAAGCGUCAUCGUCUUCGUCUGAUCAACCCCUCGGUGGAUAACAACUUCCAGGUAUCCCUCGUUGGCCACCAGAUGACGGUCAUCGCCGCCGAUAUGGUGCCUGUCGAUGCCUUCACCACUGAUAGCCUCUUUAUGGCCGUGGGUCAGAGAUAUGAUGUAACCAUCGAUGCCAGUCAGAAAGCAGCGAACUAUUGGUUCAAUGUCACUAUUAGUGGUGGGGGCACAGUCUGCGGGGAUACCAAGAACACAGAGGCGGCAGGGGUGUUCCACUACGCCGGGGCACCGGGUGGCCUACCGACCAAUCCCGGCACAAAGCCCAUCGAUGCGCUCUGCGUCGACAAUCUUGACCUCAGUCCCGUUGUCCCGCGCGACGUCGACUUGGUGGGCUUCACGCCAUGCAUCCACAAUAAUCUCUCCGCCGGCCUUGACUUUCACGGAACCGGCCCCACGGGCUCUCAUCCUCGACCUACUGUCACCUGGACCGUCAACGGCAACGCCAUGAACGUCGACUGGGACCGUCCGGUUCUCGAGUACAUUCUUGAGGGCAAUACCUCAUACCCUAGGCAAGAUAACAUCAUAGUCAUCGAUGAGAAGGACACGUGGACGUAUUGGCUAGUCCAAAAUCUGGCUCGCGCCGCCCAUCCCAUGCAUCUCCAUGGCCAUGACUUCGUCGUCCUCGGCCGGUCGAACGCCAAAAGUGCUUCCGCAAACCACACUCACUUCUUCAAAACCGAGGACAUCCGCAGCCUCAAAAAGACCAACCCCAUACGGAGGGACGUGACCAUGUUGCCCGCCAACGGCUGGGUGGUUAUUGCGUUCAAGACGGACAACCCUGGUAACUGGCUUAUGCACUGUCACAUAGCUUGGCACGUCAGCGGAGGCCUUGCCGUGGACUUUGUCGAGAGGCGGGAUGAGCAGGAGGCUCUGAUCAGCGCUGCUGACAAGGCGGCCUACGAGCAGACCUGCAGCGACUGGCGCGACCUUCACGUGAGCAAGAUCGACUCCGGACUGUAG